AUGCUUUUGACUUAUGGCUAUUGCCCAAAUAAUUUUAAACUAUGUGAAUUAUCGUUUUUUGAUAUCUUUUGAUCAUAACAAAUAAAAGUUAAAUAUGUUAUCCAACCUUUUAUAAAUUCAGAGAUGAUUAAUGUUAGCUUGCACUGCUCCAUAUAAAAAUUAAUGGUUCUUAUUGUCAAGGUUAUUAAGAUGAAACACCACGUAAAAAUACCAUAUUCUUAGAUUCUAAAUAUUUAAUUUAAGAAUACUAAUCUUAUUAUUAAUAUAUACUAUAAUUUUAACAACAUGCUCUUAUCUCUAAUAAGGGAUAACUUUUAUAAAAGGUUCUGAUAUCUUAUAUUCUAUCUAUCCCUUACGGACUUACUUAAUUUUUGGGGGCCAAUUAUUUUGGCUUAAACCAAGUUUUCUAGGGUGCAUUACAUUAUUCAACCACUCCAUAGUAUUAUAAUAGGAUUUGUAUAUAUUAUUGA